GACCUUUCUGUUCACAGUUGAAGAAGUAAUAAUCAUGAGUAAACUUGAAAAUUUAUACAACAUGUUGGCAAAAAUUGGGACGCUGUUUCUAAUUCUGCAGAUUUGCACGGGGGCCUCAAUUAAGCAGCAUAUUUACGCGAAUGAAGAAGCCUUAGAUGGGGAAGGGAGGUAUCUGCUGAGGUGGAAUGUGGUAGAGGAUAGGGUCGAGUUUGAAGUUGAGGCUGGAACCCUGGGUUUUGUAGGGUUUGGAAUUUCCCCCUCGGGAACGAUGACCGGAGCGGAUAUUUUUAUCGCGGGGGUGGGCGCGGAUGGCUCAGCGUAUGGGCAGGAUUUCCAUGCAACUGGUGAGACCACCCCGAUCCUGGACACCCAACAGGACUGGAGGUUGCUUGAGGCGUAUGAAAUGGCGGCGCAGAACAAGACGAUUUUAAAAUUUUCGCGACUUCUUAACACAUGUGAUGAGCAAGAUUUUGCAAUCGGGAAUGACACGAGCCGUAUAAUUUGGGCUCUCGGGGCUACAGAUACCAUUUCCUAUCACGGUGCUUCCAACAGGGGGACCAAGAGUUUGAACUUGGUCCACGCUGACACACCCGAACUGGACGUGUCAACCAUGCAAAAUUUCACAAUCGCGGUGAAUAUAACAAUGCCUGCGAUUGACACGUCGUACUGGUGCACGUUCCAUAAAGGGCCCACUUUAGCGAGCAAGAAUCAUAUUGUGGCGUUUGACACCCUACUGCCCAGCCUGGAAUCGUUUCAGCACACCCACCAUUUUGUAGUUUAUACGUGUAAGGCUCCCGGGAAUCAGACGGACGAAGAGUACUUUGAUCGCUUCACGUACGCUAAUGGGGUAAUAGGGGAUCACUGUUUUACAACAGAAGAACUCCCAAUAGCACAGUGUCAGUCAGUCAUCUACACGUGGGCGAAGGGCGGGAAGAUGAUGAUCUUCCCUGAACAAGUCGGCUUCCCGAUAGGAGAAUCCCCAAAUGCGCAGUAUUACAUGGUCGAAAUUCACUACGAUAAUCCGCAACUUUUGGAAGGUGUCUUUUUCGAAACGGCACUCGCAAUGUAUUACACGCCUGAAUUGAGACCGAUCGAUGCCGCAAUUCUUGCACUGGGUCAAUAUGUAGAUAUUUCAUUAACCGUACCGCCAAAUCAGGACGCCUUUAAGGUGGUCGGCCACUGUAGUCCAGAAUGUACUCGGGAAGCUCUAGAACCCGAGGGGAUCACUGUGUUUGCCUCGAUGCUGCAUUCACAUAAAUCAGGUCGAAAGAUGAGAACCCGCCAUUUCCGCGGGAACAUUGAACUACCCUGGAUCGAUUUUGACAACCAGUACGAUUUUGACUUCCAACAGAACAAAAUCCUUCUUGAAACCCGUCAAAUUCUCCCAGGUGAUCAGAUGUCCGUCGAGUGUACGUACUCAUCCAUCUGGCGGCGUGGAGAACCCGUAAUCGGCGGGCAUUCCACGUACGAAGAAAUGUGUCAAAAUCUACUCUGGUACUACCCCCGGGGCGGAUUGGGAUGCAUGUCUCGCUACGACGUGGACACCCAUUUGGCCGAUUUCGGCGUCGAAACUUACCACACGGUACAAGGGGCGUCAAAUCUUCGAUACAUUAUAGACACACCGACCUCCAUCGCGGGUGAUUAUUAUGACCUCGUCGCGACCAAGUUUAACUGGACAGAGGAUUUCUUGCGGGCGUAUCAGGAAGAAAGAUUAAAUGGGGAUCAACAGUCUCAUUGUGGGGCACUUCGACCGACGAGAUAUCCGACAAAUUUUGUCGAAUAUGUCCCAGUAGAUGAGUGUGCGAUUAAAAAAUGAUAAAAAUCUUUACAAAAGUCACCGUCACAGAAAAUUCAAAUUGUCAAAUUUAUAUAUGCAUACGACUUAAUUUGCUGGUUAGUAAAUAAGUGUGUAGACAUAAAAACAUAAAUAAAAAAUUAAUAAGAAAUAAAA